UGUAUAUAUCUGUCUGUCUAUAGUCUGUCUAUCGUCUGUCUGUCUGUCUGUCUGUCCUGUGGUGCUGGGGGUUGAACCCGGCAAGCAGUCUACCAUCAUGUUGUAAACCCCCCUCCCAGCCUUAGAUUCCUGUUAUUGUCUGGCUUAUAAAAUUAUAGGUUCUGUCUCGCUGUUCUGUGGCCAUGAUGUGGUUUCCUGGCUGGGCACCCCAGUUCCUGACUUGGCCAAGCAAGAGGAGGUGAAAGGUUGCGGUUCACAGACCUUUCUUUCGGAAGCACAUAGAAACUGCCCAUCCUGGCUUCAGGUUUCUCAGCAUGGCGGAGAAAAGCUGAGUGGCCUGUGCAGCCCCUGUGACCAUGCACCUUGCCGGUGACACACCCCGUUUUCAGGGGGUGGGAGGGUUGCACUUGCAGGACCUGCCCCUUCCCCCAAACUUCUAAAAACAUAGCUUGAAUAAGAGAUAAAGAACCGUUUAAUUGCUGGCUGAAGUCAGGCUAGCUGCCUCUUUCUGUUGGCUCCAGCUUCUCCUCCCUGGCCUGCGUUUGCUUUCGGCUCUGUGACUGCCAUCUUACAGACCACAGGUCCUACAGAGCCAGGCAGUGAUGAGCCGGGAGCCAGCUCUGCAGACACCUACACUGCCUUCCACUCAAGGCUCACUCUUGUUCUUCUUUCUCUCUGUCCCGUGUGAAGUGAAGUCGCUGCCCGGAAUCCCUCCGAGUCCCGCCCCAGCCAUCGCCACCUUCAGCCAAGCCCCAAGCCAGCCUCAGGCUUCACAGACCCUGACACCGCUGGCAGUACAAGCUGCCCCCCAGGUCUUGACUCAGGAAAGCUUAGCCACAGUUCUGACAGGAGUUAUGGUCCCAGCAGGGGCCGUUACUCAACCUCUUCUUAUCCCCAUCGGUAUUACAGGUCAAGUGGCUGGGCAGCAGGGGCUGGCCGUGUGGACAAUCCCUACAGCAACUGUGGCUGCCCUCCCAGGACUGACCGCCGCCUCUCCCACAGGGGGAACUUUCAAGCCACCUUUAACUGGUCUCCAAGCAGCUGCGGUGCUGAACGCUGCCCUCCCGACACCUGUGCAAGCUGCCCCACCAAUACAGGCCUCCUCGCCCGCCCAGCCCCAGCCGCCGGCUCAACCCCAGCCGCUGUUCCAGACCCAGCCACUGCUACAGACCACGCCUACCAUCCUCCCACAACCCACUGCUGCCACUGCUGCUGCCCCCGCCCCCAAGCCAGUGGACGCCACCCCGCAGAUCACCGUCCAGCCUGCAGGCUUCGCAUUUAGCCCAGGGAUCAUCAGUGCCACCUCCCUCGGAGGACAGACGCAGAUCCUGGGCUCCCUCACUACAGCUCCGGUUAUUACCAACACCAUUCCCAGCAUGCCUGGGAUCAGCAGUCAGAUCCUCACUAAUGCUCAGGGACAGGUUAUUGGAGCACUUCCGUGGGUAGUGAACUCAGCUAGCGUGGCCGCACCAGCACCAGCACAGAGCCUGCAGGUCCAAGCCGUGACUCCCCAGCUCUUGCUGAAUGCCCAGGGCCAGGUGAUCGCAACCCUAGCCAGCAGCCCCCUGCCUCAACCUGUGGCUGUCAGGAAGCCAAACACACCGGAGUCCCCUGCUAAGAGUGAGGUGCAGCCUAUCCAGCCAACACAAGCGGUGUCCCAGCCUGCCGUACUCCUCAGCAAUCCAGCCCCGGCGCUCAAGUCGUCAGCCUCAGCUCCCAUCCCAAUCACCUGCUCAGAGACCCCUACCGUCAGUCAGUUGGUAGCAAAGCCGCACACUCCAAGUCUGGAUGAGGACGGGAUCAACUUAGAAGAGAUCCGGGAGUUUGCCAAGAAUUUUAAGAUCCGGAGGCUCUCUCUGGGUCUGACACAGACCCAGGUAGGCCAGGCUUUGACCGCGACAGAAGGGCCAGCCUACAGCCAAUCAGCCAUCUGCAGGUUUGAGAAGCUGGACAUCACACCCAAGAGUGCCCAGAAGCUGAAGCCGGUUUUGGAAAAGUGGUUGAUGGAGGCCGAGCUCCGGAACCAGGAAGGCCAGCAGAAUCUGAUGGAGUUUGUGGGUGGCGAGCCCUCCAAGAAACGCAAGCGUCGCACGUCCUUCACACCGCAGGCCAUAGAGGCUCUCAAUGCCUACUUUGAGAAAAACCCCCUGCCUACCGGCCAGGAGAUCACAGAGAUCGCCAAGGAGCUCAACUAUGACCGGGAGGUGGUGAGGGUCUGGUUCUGUAAUCGACGCCAGACACUCAAGAACACCAGCAAGCUGAACGUCUUUCAGAUCCCUUAGGGCUCAGUGUCAGUGCGUACUUUGUACUCUUGCCUCAGCAAGCAGCUGAAGUCACUGCAGUGGCCAAACCGUGUGCAGCUGUGCUUACCCUAGGUCGUGAGACUACACCUGUGCAUGUGUGUCAAUGCCUGCCUCUUCUGCCCGCAUAUGUCACACCCUGGGGAGGCCCGAGGGGCUGCAUGAGAGCCCUAGGCUCUGGGCUGGGCAUGUGGAAGGAAGGGGUUUGUGGGGUCUGUAGAAAAGCACUUUGCCGAGGUGGUUUCUGAAGGGUGAAUUCUGGUUGGGAAGCAGAACGACUCUGUCUUCGGGGCAGGGCUGUGGCAACUCUUGGGGACAACUGUGUAGUAGCUCUUGUUUUUGGUGGCACUCUUUACCCUUGCCCUCUCUCCUCUGAGGUUGUGCCCAUGUGACAACUCACCUGGUGGAACCACAGCCUCAUGUUGCCUCCCUUACUCUGUAUAAGGGCACAGUGAACCCCUUAACGGACCAAGGAGAUGGGAUUUAGAGAAGUGUGGUGUGCUGCUCGGACUCAUUGUCUGCCUUGAUCUUUUGAGGGCAGAAGGUUCCCAAAGUGACUUGGAGGGGUCGGAUGCCUGAGGUCAGGAGCUGAGGUCUCUCUCCAGGUCCUUCUGGGGUGGGUUUGCACUAAGUUGGAAUGUUCUCUUCCUCAAACCAAGUUGGAAGGAAGCAGUGUGAACUCUCCAUCCUGGAGAGUUUUAGGUCUGUGGCAGGUCUGGAAUUUAUAAAGUAAACGAAGACAUCCACUCCGAUUUUAAUCUAA